GGUGGCUCUGCCAGGCAAUAUUGACGUUCUGUGCUUUUGAGUGUUGACGCUGUCGCUGUUGUGCUUUUUCUGUUUUUGUCUUUGUCAAUAUAACUAGAAUUUUUAUGUUGAAGUUAAAAUUAUAAGAUAUCCACUUGGAAUCAUGUUUUUCGUAACGUACAGGGCCUUUAUGCUCCUAUUUUUAUGUGUGUUGUACGUUUCAGUUUUAAUAUGAUACAAGGUGCUGGUGAUUGGUGACCUCAGCCUCAGUAUCUGGCGCCAUUAUUGUGUACCUAUUUUAAAUAGUUUAUUUUUUGCUUUAAAGUUUUUUUCAUAAUACCUAUAUCCAGUUUUAUCAGAUUCCAUACACAGAAGAUGAAUAGUCACACUCCUCGGUCUUACCAGAAUUCAGGAGAUUCUGGUUGUUAUUCAAUUUUUGAAAGUACUCCAAAUUCGAAUAUUGAAAAUGAGAGUACUCCAACUUCUGCUGCUGUUUCGAGGAAGAGGAAAGCAUCCUGCUUGGAUAGCUAUAAUGGCAGAAAACUUUCAGAAGUUAUUGAGUUUUGUCCUUCUACCCCACAAUUUUCCAGUACCAUGAAUGAAAGUCUGAUGAUCAAUUUGGAGAACUGCCACCUUCAAAAUGAUGUUAGCACCAUUCAUGAUGAUUUAGAAUCGUUAAAUGUUACCGAACACAAUCAAUAUGAAGACAACGAGGAGAAAAUCUGCCACUUCAAAAAGUUGUUCAAACCCAACAAUCUCAAAAGAAGGUUUUGCUCCGCCCCUAAUACCCCCGAGAAGCAGGUCCAGGACAACCUGAAAAAAUCGAACACCAACAGCUUCAUCAAAAACUUUGCGCAAGUGACCGUUCACACCCAAUCGCCUCUGAACAAGGAAGCCCUAGACAUAUUAUACCCCGAUUUACCUCCGUUGGAACCGGUGAGGAAACCUCUGACGCCACAAAAGUUCAGAGACAGCUUCGACAGGAGUCUCGAUAGGAGUGCAACUCCUGCCAAGAAACGUCUCUUUUCGCUGUCGCGGAAGGAACUGUUCAAGAGCAUCGUCUCCAAUAACAUCAUCAUGAAGAAGAUCCUGCGGGAGUUGUCUGAAGGUGAUCUCUACCGAUUGGGACAAGUUUCGAAGUCUCUGAGAGACGCGAUCUUGUCCGAUAUCGAUGCCUCUGGUAGGUAUUCGGGCUACAUGAAGAUUCAUCACAAUUACAAGGAGAAUUAUAAGAUUACGCCGCCGCCGUCUCCUGAGAAGUCCGAUGAACACUUCGAAAAUAGUUUGAGCUCCAAGAAUUUCGCAUACUUUUACAGUAUCGCCUCUGGAUUGAAUAAAUAUCAGUCUCUCACGAAAUGUCCCCGAUGCAACAAAGCUUCUGUAGUUGAAAAUUACAUUGGGCAGUGUCAAGAUUUGCUUAGAUGUGGUUACAUUUUUUGUAGGAAAUGUGGCAGUUUUGCAAGCAAUCCCAAGGAUUUUAAAGACAUAUGUAAUAAUGCACAAAUUAUGAACAUGCCAAAAGCAAGGUGUCAUUUUAGCGAUUUAAGCAAUUCGUCCAUUACCAGUGAUUAUGUGACUGACACUUCGAGUUCCUUUUUUUCUUCGUCGUUAAAUCUGAAUCUCAUUAACAAAUUCGACACUUCAGGGGUUGCACCUGGGAGUGAAACAUCAACUCCCAAACUUAACGUGAAGAGAAAUUUGUCAAAAUCGUUCAUGUCUCCAUCUGAGGUCAGAAUAAAAGCUUUAUCGUCGAAUAAUAACAGAGUAUUGACACCAUCUCACAAGCUGCAAUGCAGAACAUCACUAUUACCAGUUUUACCGUUCGACAAUGCCAACAAUAAUAACAAUUCCUGUGAUAUUCUUGAGCCUUCUAGUCCUCCCAAAAUCAAACAGCACUCUGUAUGUUCAAAACAAAGCAAGAGGAAUUUGAAGAGAUUGACUAGAUGAAUUUUGCUCAACUGGGAGAAUCUUCUCUAAGCAUCGCAGAUCUUAACUGGUUGUACAGUUAUUAUUACUUAAUAUAUAUUUUUUUAUUCAUUGUUACAGUUAACUAACCGGACAACACUGUUUUUUAUAAGUUAUGUAAUAUUUGUGAUAUUGAUAUCAUUCCUAAGUAGGUUUUAGCUGCAAAAGGAAGUAAAUGACGUUUUCUAACAA